AAAUAAAAAGAGAAAACAAAAAUGGAAAUGAUGAGAGGCUUUGGUACAAAGUAGUAGUAGGGUUUAAGGUUUGUGACAGUGUCAAUGGAGGUUUUAAGUUUGUAGCGGAACGCCAUACUCUCAUAAUCCCAAACACAACACUGUUGCAGUCUAAGUAAUGGGUUAUGGUUAUGGUGCUUUCUCUCUUCUACUAACCAGACGCUUUCAUUUUUCUUAUUCUCUACACCCUAAACCCUUUUCUUCUUCUUCGUUCUUUCACCUUCUCACUAAACCUUUCUCCACAACCCCACCAGACCCUAACCCUGAUCCCAAACCUUCUUCCCUCUCCGCGCGUCUCAGCUUCGUCUUCGAUCAGAUCGAUGCCAUCGAGAAAGAGCGUUCUCAGAAGCACGAAACGCUUCAGCGCAUUCGAGCCUGGCGCCAAUCCAAGGACGCUCCCCCUCAAAGCGACGCCCAACCUGAGCCGCCGCCUCUCUCCGUCGCCGAUGAAACCCCCCCGGAGCUGCCGCCGAUGAAGGCUGUGGAACUGGUGCACCCAUGGCCCGAGUGGAUCCAGUUGAUGGAAAUGCUCGUGCACCAGAAUUACUUCGACCACAGAAGGAUGGACGAGGAUAAAAUGGUCCUCGACUCAGGGUUCAGUCCGCCUGUGGUUGCUGAAGGAGUUGAUUUCACCAAGGAUUUCAAGAGCGUUCACAUGGCGUGUCUCAAUCACGGAAGAGACCGUUUUGAUAUAUUGAGGUCCUUGUCGAGGAAGGAUAUUCAAGUUUUGGUUGGUUAUGGAUGCCCCACUAUGGACAGAAAGGUGGUUUUCUCUGCAAAACUUUUAAGAAAGCAUGCUCACCUUGACGAAGGAGAUGUCUGUAGUUCCUGCAGCUUGAGAAACAGUUGUGAAAGGGCGUAUCUGCUAACAAACAAAGAGGAUGAAGCACGGACUCUUGAUGUCAUGCGGCUCCUGCUCACUUUUGGUUUUGAUCCUGUUGAUGGUUCAGUCAUCAAUAAGUCACUUCUUAAGCAGAAGUCUGUGAAAACAGUGGUUCGUAAAUUGCUUCAUGAGGUUGUCAAGCUCAGUUCAGUUCCCAUUGAUCCAAAUCUCACCCCUCCUGUGAUUAAAAAACCACCACCAAAAGUGAAACAACCACCUCCUCCUCCAAAGAGACGAAUAGGACGGGAUGAUGUUGAGAUGAAAAAAGGGGACUGGCUAUGUCCUAAGUGUGAAUUCAUGAAUUUUGCGAAGAAUACUGCUUGCUUACAGUGUGAUGCCAAGCGUCCCAAGAGACAGUUGCUGCCAGGAGAAUGGGAGUGUCCUGAAUGCAACUUCUUGAAUUACAGGAGGAACAUGGUAUGUUUUCAUUGUGAAUGUAAGCGCCCAGCUGAUGAAUUUUUGGAGAAUAAGAUGCAAGAUAGGAUACCGGGUUCCAAACCUAAGUUAGAUAAGAUGGGCAACCGACAAGAGGUUUCCAAUGCCUGGAAUUUUGACUUUGAUGACAAUGAAUCAGAUGGUGCCGAUGUGGCUGCUUUUGAGUAUGCAGAUACUCAUGCCAUAAAUGAAGAUUUCUCUUCAGGUAAUAAUGCGCAACAUGGAAAUCAUAGAGGGUGGGAAGAUAAUCUUGAGAAGAACAACAGAGUACGAGGAUCCCCUGAUGGAGAAUAUGCUAAUCGUGAUAUUUAUAAGCCUGGAAUAGGGUUUGAUGAUUUUGAGGAUGAGGAUGAUGUUGAUAGUUAUGAGCUAGAAACUACUCCAAAUAGUAGUAAAAGAAUAGAAACAUCUAAAAGUAAUUUCUCGGAAGAUGAAAAGUUGUCAGAGUCAGACGAUAUUGAAGGCAGUGAUGAUGAAAGGUACACCAGUCACAGAACAGCUUCUCAAAGAAGUCUACCGCACCGGUCAAUUCGUAAGAAUACAUCAUUCUCGGGAUCUGAGGAUGAUGAACUUGGUUUUGUUACAAAAGAACAACGGUCCACUCUUUCCAAUUUCAAAUCUGGGAAUGUUUCUGGUGCUGGCAGAAGAAGAAAUGGCAGAGGUCCAUCUAAGAAAUUAAGCUUUGGUUCUGAAUCUGAGGAUGACAAUGGUGCUGGCUUAUACUCUGAUGAGGAUGAUGACAUACAUAAGGCAUAUUCAUUCAGAAAAAAUAAAGGGGACAAAUUUAAUCCAUCCAGACAGAAUAACGGGAAUAGGCACAAUUCCGAGAGAAGAAACUUCACCAAAAACAGGAAUUCAGGGUUUAUCAGUCGCCGCCGAGAAAAUAUGUUCAGUGAUGAUUUUGAAGGAUCGUCUCAGCAGUCUUACAGAAAUGGUAGGGAUUCCAAAGGAAAUGGCCGUAACAGGAAGAGUUUUGAAGAUUUUGAUGGUCCAUCCCGACGAUCAUUCGGUGAUGGCAGAGGGUCCCGAGGAAACAGCCGUGGUGGAUCAUUCCGGCAGUCUUUUGGGAAUGGUAGAGGGUCUCGAGGAAAUGACCGUAAUUGGCAUAGAUUCGAAGACAGGGAGCAUGGCACAGGAAAGUUAAAUAAAUAUAGAAUGGAUGAGAAGGAUUCUGGGGAAUUUAGAAACAGUAGGCGUGUAAUUGAAAGAUAGCACCACAGCUCCAUGAAUACUGCUAAUUGCCAAACACAAAUGUGAUACAAUGAUGGCCAUAAAGAUCAGUCAGUGUUCAUGAGAUUAGUUGAAACCAUGGACAAACUUUCUCCUCCAAUAACAGUUAGGUGGUCAAGUUUUGGCUUGGUCAAGUUAACCUGCCAAGCAGUUGUGCCCUGCUAUGCAGUUAUAACCCAAUAUAAGGUGGUGAACAACUGCCAUAUCUCUUACAUAUUUGUCUCAUCGAUUGCAGUGUCUUCGCAUAUUUGUGUGGACUUCUUAAGAACUUGCAACCAGAACUUCUAAUCGUUCUCAAUUUGCA